AUGGCGGUGGAAAACUACGACGUCGUUAUCGUUGGCGCAGGACCUGUUGGUCUCUGUCUUUCAACGUGUCUGGCGAGAUGGGGUUACAAGAUCAAGCAUAUCGACAAUCGACCGGAACCGACCGCCACUGGACGGGCGGACGGAAUCCAGCCGCGUUCCUUGGAUCUACUCCGGAAUAUGGGCCUCAAGCGCAAGAUUAUGGAGUACGAACCUGCAAAGGUUUAUGAGGUGGCUUUUUGGGACCCGGCGCAGAAGGGCAUUCACAGGACAGGUACUUGGGCUAGUUGUCCCAAGUUCAUCGAUGCACGGUACCCUUUUACUACGCUUCUCCACCAGGGCUUGAUUGAGCGGACGUUCAUUUCGGAUAUUGAGAAGAACGGCAGUGGUAUCCAGAGACCCUGGACAAUCAAGGGGUUCAAGAAUGAUGGCAAGGAUCCGACAUACCCUGUUGAGGUCAACCUGGCGCAUGUUGAUGGCACAAUGGAGGAGACUGUACGCGCAAAGUACUUGUUCAGUGGUGAGGGAGCAAGGAGUUUUGUAAGGGACCAGCUGGGUGUCAAGAUGAUCUACAAAGAUCCUAUUGCGCAUGUUUGGGGUGUCAUGGAUGGAGUUGUCAGAACAAACUUCCCAGACAUCAAGAUGAAAUGCACAAUCCACUCAGACAACGGCUCCAUUAUGAUCAUCCCACGCGAGAACAACAUGGUCCGCUUGUACAUUCAAGUCGCGUCUUCUACAGAUAAAGACUGGGACCCACGGAAGCAGGCUACUGCAGAAGACGUUCAAGCGCGUGCCAAAAAGAUUUUCGAACCAUACACCAUCUCCUGGGAUCGCGUGGAAUGGUACUCGGUCUACCCGAUUGGACAAGGUAUUGCUGAGCGCUACACACUCGACGAGCGCGUCUUCAUGGGUGGUGAUGCCUGUCAUACCCACAGCCCCAAGGCCGGCCAGGGUAUGAACACAGCCUUCUUAGAUGCAGUAAACUUUGCAUGGAAGAUUCACCACGUAGAGAGCGGCUGGGCACCACGAUCCCUUCUGUCGACAUAUGAGUCCGAACGCAAACUCAUUGCUGAAACUCUCCUCGACUUUGACGCCCGAUACGCAAAGCUCUUCUCCACCCGGAUACCCUCAGCUGGUGAAGUCGCUGGUGCAUCAGCAAAAGAAGCCGCCGAAGACAAUGAGUUCAUCAAGACAUUCAAAGCCAGCUGCGAAUUCACCAGUGGUUAUGGCGUAGCAUAUAAACCCAACAUGGUAAACUGGGGCCCAGAACACCCCGCACAGCACCCCCUCAUCCUGUCGUACGAAAAGGGCACAACCCAACGAACAGGCAGAAUCAUGACACCGGCAACCGUCACACGUGUCGUAGACGCCAACGUCGUACAUCUUGAACAAGAAAUUCCCAUGAACGGCUCCUAUCGCAUGUUCAUCUUCGGCGGUACCUUGGACAAGAGCGCAACAGCACUCAAAGACCUGGCAACACAAAUGUCAUCCCCAACAUCCUUCUUCAGCACGUUCCUCCACCGCGACCUCAAGGAGAAGGAUCGCUACCACGAAAAACACAACCCACAUACCGAUUUCCUUUCUCUGGCUCUUGUCUUUUCGCAGCCCCGCUCAAGUAUUCACAUCGAUGAGCAGUUGCCUCAGCCAUUCAACCGCUAUGCUGACCAUGUUUAUGCGGACGACGUCUGGGACCAGAGGGUGCCGGAUGCGAAGGCUGCGGCGCAUGCUAAGAUGGGGCUUGACGAGGAGAGGGGAGGCGUCGUUGUUGUCAGACCAGACGGGUAUGUCGGUGUUGUCGUUAAGCUGGAGGAAGGGAAGGGGACGUGUGAUGCAUUGGAUGCGUGGUUCUCGGGGGUUACAGGGAAGAAACUUGGGGCCGGUUGCUAUCGAGCUCUCAGUAAAAAGAUCAUGGCGCAAAGGUCAUUGUACGUUGCAGGCCUUGUGCCACUGCUAUUCGCAGUGUUCUACUUCCAACUCGGCAACCUCUCAAACUUUUACAACUAUGCUCUUCAAGCGUUGCAGACACCGUCCGCAAGUGUUGCACGUCAAGCUCCAACGACUGGAAAACCACCCAUCAUCAUGGCGGCAACCCCCGCCUUCAGCCACAUGGAAAAGAUCACGACGAUCACCGAAGGUCUCAUCUCACUCGGCUACCCCGUAAACUUCAUCACUGGACCAGACUUCAAAGACACGAUUGAAGCAAUGGGCGCAACAUAUAUCUCCAUCGAAGGUCAGGGAAACUUCAUCCUGUCCGAAGAAGACCUAGCAACGUUCGUCAGCCUGCAAGGCAACGAGCUCGAAGUCUUCGCUACGACAGCUAUCUUCAUCAAGACCAUUCCUAGACAUUACCGCACGCUGCAACGAACCUUCCAAGAGUUCCGUGACCAAUACGGCGAGAAAGAGAAGAUGAUUUACAUCUUCGACUUCACGUUCGGUGGCUCAUACCCUGUCGCCUACGGCGCACCUGGCAUUCGUCCUGACGCAGCGAUUGCUAUAGGUCUGGCGCCAUACGUGGCGGCUAGUAACGAUACGUUCCCUUUUCGUUCGGGAAAGCACCCAGAUACAAGUCCAGAGAGUAAGAGGAUCCAUUUUGAAGCGCAGCAGGCGCAGAACAGGGAUCAUCCUAUCGAUACUCCUGUCAAUGAGGCUGCUAAUGCCAUGCUCCGGCAGAUGAAUGCGACGAGAGAUCUGCCAGGCUUCAACGAGAUGGCGGCUUCUGGGUCAGAUAUAUUUCUUCAAUACGGCGUUCCGGCUUUCGAAUAUGAACGCAGUGACUGGCGACCGAACCUUAAGUUCAUGGGUGCACCCGUAUCCGUGGGAAUCGCAGACCACACGCUCCCGGAGUGGUGGAACGAUGUGCUUGAGGCAAAGGCAGCUGGAAAGAAGAUUGUUGCUGUGUCUUCCAGCAGUGUGGUCUUCGAUACGAGUGUGCUUAUCAAACCAGCUUUGGAAGCAUUCGGUGGUAGGGAUGAUGUAUUCGUCAUUGCUACGUUGGUUACGUCGGAUGUCGAAACGCUUGACUUCGAGAUCCCAGAGAAUACUAGAGUUGCAAAGUUCAUUCCUCUGGACUUGGCUCUGCCUUACGUAACUGUGCUAGUUACGAAUGGUGGAUACGGCACUGUUCAACAAUCACUCCGUGCUGGUGUGCCUAUGAUUAUCUCUGGAAUUGGACAGGACAAAUUGCAUACCGGAGCUCUCAUCAACUACAAGGGCUUUGGCAUAUACAAUGCUUUACCUCAGGUGACUGCUGAACUCUUGAUUGAGUCUUUCGAUAAGAUGAUGGGUAAUGCAACAUAUCAUGAGAGACUUAAUGUCGUGAAAGAGGACUACGCGAAAUACAAUGCGGUGGAAAUUGUGGAUGAGACGAUCAGACAGGUACUCAACGGUGAAGUGGACAUCUUGCUAUGA